AUGGUAGAAUACUUGGCAAACACACUGAAAGAAGAACAAUACCAUUGUAAAAGUCUUUCAAAUGACACAAUUAAAAUUAAUGUAAGCACUCCAGAUACUUAUAGAAAAUUAAUUAAACAGCUACAAGACGAUAAAGUGGUAUAUCAUACAUAUCAAGUCAAGCAGGAUAAGGCAUAUAGAGUAGUAAUUAGAAACCUACACUAUUCAAUUCCAACAGCAGAAAUUUCAGAGGCAUUAAAAAAAGGACACACAGUACAAAAUAUUUUAAAUAUUAAACAUCGUAAAACAAAGGAACAUCUUCCCUUGUUCUUCAUAGAUCUAGAAUCAAAAGAAAAUAAUAAAAAUAUCUUUGAUGUAUAA